GCGAAAGUGGAGGCGACUGCAGGCAAGCAGGCAGAAGAGAAGAGGGCCAAGGAAGAGCAGCAGCAGCAGCAGCAGAGAGAGAGAGAGAGAGGAGUGUAGCGAUCAGCUGGCCGUCGUCUGCCCGUCGAAUCAUAUGCCGCAGUAAGAAGAAGAAGAAGACGACGACGACGACGACGAAGGAGGGAAGCAGCUGAGACGCCCUCCUCUUGCUCUCCUCAGGCCGAUCUGCUGUCACGACACGACACCAGACCUCCUGCUCGCACGAAAGCUGGGAGGCUCCCUCCUUGGGCUUCCCUUCCCUCUUCCCUUCCCUUCCCUUGCCCCUCUCCUUCCCUUCCCCUUCCCUUCCCUUCCCUUCCCUCGCCUCCCUCUUUCUUUCGGCGUUCCAAGGCUUUCGUCGUCGAGGCUUCUUUCUUCUUUCUUCUCUUCCUUUGGCUCCGCUUGGCUCGGGCAGGGCAGGGCAGGGCAGGGCUUGGCGUGGAGUGGAGUUGGGGUGGAGUGGAGUGGCUUGGCUUGGCUUGGCUUGGCUUUCUUUUUCUGUUCGAUCUAUGGGAGUCGGGGCUGGUCAAAGGGAAUAGAAGGAGCAGGAGCAGGAGCAGGAGCGAGCUGGGUCCAUUGUUUGCCACUCUCGUUCGGAGGCACGGAGACCUUCGGGUGAGUUCGACUUGACUCGUUUCAUCUCGCUUCGCUUGGACUGGCUCAGAUAUGCCGAGGUUCUUUAUCUGAUCAAAAUCGUCGUCGUCGUCAUCGUAAUCAUCAUCAUGCAUAUUAAUAGGUCUCAGCUUUUCAAUCCGCUCAGUGUGUAGCACCUGAUAGCAAUCGAUAGUAGUACAGGCGGCCGAGCCGAGCAGAGCAGAGCGGCAACAGCAUCACUCGAGAGAAUUUCGUCGGUGAGCGAUUGCCAUACAAAGCAGCAAUUAUGUUUCUCUCUUAUGGAAAACGAUGAGAAUCGUAGUUCAGGGCUCUGGUAAGUUUUAUAGUGGUGCCCACAGAGUUCAAGAAGGGUGUGCUCCGAUUGGACAGGCGCUCCUCAAUCAGCUGGACUGUGAGGCAGUAGAGUAGCUGUGCUUAUCAUCUCGUUGAGUUGGGACGAGACGUGCGAGCAGCAGGAGGAGGAGGAGAGCGAGGAGUAGCUGUAGAGGGGACGGUGACAGGAGGGUGCAUCUGUUGGCACAAAAAGAGAGCAACCAUGGGGAUGAUCGUGUCGCGUUUGUGGUAUACGAUGUUUCCUGCUAAAGAGUACAAGAUAGUGGUGGUGGGAUUGGACAACGCUGGAAAAACUACCACUCUGUAUAAGUUGCACUUGGGGGACGUGGUGAGUACCCAGCCCACGGUGGGCAGUAAUGUAGAGCAAGUAAAUUAUAAGAAUCUCCGAUUUGAAGUUUGGGAUCUAGGUGGGCAAGAGCGUUUGCGAGCAUCGUGGGCUACUUAUUAUCGGGGCACCCAUGCGCUGGUUAUGGUGGUGGAUAGUACAGAUCGACAAAGGCUGACAAUCGUUAGAAAUGAAUUAACUCAACUCUUGGGGCACGACGAUCUUCAAGGAGCCGUCAUUCUAGUGUUUGCAAACAAGCAGGAUUUGAAAGAUUCCAUGUCACCUGCGGAAAUAAGCGAAGGGCUGUCGUUGCACGAAAUUAAAAAGCACGACUGGCACAUUCAGUCUUGCUGUGCCUUGACGGGAGAAGGGUUGUGGGAAGGAUUGGGGUGGAUUGCUCAACAUAUGCCAGGGAACGGUCUCAAGGAGUGAGGAUGGCACCGUUGAAUCCGCGUAACAUUGUUGUGAUUUAGGGCUUGGGUAAAAAUUACUUUCGAGCUCGUGAGAGCAGUAUUUGCAAAAGUCCAUAAGAAACACCUGCAGGAAUAAGCAAAUGAUUGUCACUGCACGAAAUCGAGAGACGUGACUGCGCAAUCGACCGUGCCGUGCUCCGACCGGCACGAGAUUCGGAGAAAGAAAUUUGGGUUGGAUUGCACAACUUAUGCCAGAAAUUGGUAUCAAGGGGAGUAGGGUGACGUCAACAAUGUCUCAGGUGCAGCACCAUUGCGGUUUAGGGCUUGGUUGCUGUGCUACUCAGCGUACGAGAGCAGGUUUUGCUGCUGCCGCAAGACCCAGAGCAUUGUGUUUUACAAUAUUUGGUGGCCUGUAAUUUAUUACCGAUUGCUUCUUUCAUGGCAUUUGCUCCUAUCGAAAUAUGAUGGUCGCUUUAGUCGUUGGUAGAAACAUUGCCAGCUGAGUUAAUUUUAGUUAAUACGAGUGUUUGUCACAAUUCCCUUAUCUCAUGAAGGAAGCAGAAUGUCCAGAACGUCAUGAAUGAUCAAAUGUGCAAUUCUUUCCUAGUCAAUGAACCUAUCAGCUUAUUUUGUUCAGUUUCACGACUUUGCCCCACUUUGUUACACUCCUGUACUCUUGUUCCAUAGUACGUAGUGCCAACAUAAAUUGGUGUACUGACUUUUUCUUGAAUCAAUUACCUCUUUAGCAUAGGCUUCACACUUAUCAUGAACGGCUAAGCACUUUCUUUUCGGCUCUGAAGCUGAGGUUAAUAUCGGACGUCCAUAUGACUGCUUAGAACCAAGUACUUUACUGUCGGAAUUUCGUCAAUAUCUUUGAUUUUGAAUCUAUCAUCGUUCUUUGCUAUC